AUGGUAUACCUUUGCAUCAUGAUCUUUAGGAUACUUUUCCUAUUUCUGGCUUUUAUGGCGACAAAUUCAAUAGCUGUUGCAGACCAACAGACAUACAUAGUACACAUGGACAAGACCAAGCUCAAAGUCUCAAUUCAUUCUCAUGACAGAUCAAAACCAUGGUCUGAAUCAAUCAUUUAUUUCAUUUCUGAAGCUUCAAUGCAAGAAGAAGAAGAAAAAGAAGAGAUUUUAGCCCCUCAACUCCUUUACACCUAUGAAACCACCAUGUUUGGUUUUGCAGCCCAGCUUUCCAAGAAACACCUUAAAUACUUGAACCAAGUGGAUGGCUUCCUCUCGGCCAUACCUGAUGAACUAUCGACCCUCCACACAACAUACACCCCUCACUUUCUUGGCCUAGAUAAUGGAAGUGCACUUUGGAGUGCUUCUAACUUGGCCUCAGAUAUGAUUAUUGGUGUUAUAGAUUCAGGAAUAUGGCCUGAACAUAUCAGUUUCCAAGACUCAGGCUUGUCUCCAGUACCUUCUCAUUGGAAAGGUGUCUGUGAACAAGGCACCAAUUUCUCUGCCUCAGAUUGUAACAAGAAGCUUAUUGGUGCAAGAACCUAUUUCAAGGGGUAUGAAAAAGUUUUUGGAAAAUUAAAUGAAACAGUGAGUUAUCUUUCCCCAAGAGAUUCCGAAGGGCAUGGAACACACACUGCCUCAACUGCAGCUGGUAAUGUGGUGAAAAAUGCCAACCUUUAUGGCCAGGCUGGAGGUACAGCAAGUGGAAUGAGGUAUACCUCUAGAAUUGCAGUUUAUAAAGUAUGCUGGCCAAAAGGUUGUGCUAACUCUGACAUAUUAGCCGCGGUGGACCAAGCAGUUUCUGAUGGGGUUGAUGUAUUGUCACUCUCUUUAGGGAGUGAUCCCAAACCUUUUUAUGAUGAUUUAAUUGCCGUAGCUUCAUUUGGGGCAACCAAGAAAGGGGUUUUUGUUGCUUGCUCCGCAGGCAAUAAAGGGCCCUCUCCAUCAACAGUUUCAAAUGGUGCUCCAUGGAUCAUGACAGUUGCUGCUAGCUCCACUGACCGAAGCUUUCCAACGGAAGUAAUGCUUGGAAAUGGAAAAUUUUUCAAAGGGACAUCUUUAUAUCAAGGCAACCUGACAAACCAAUUGCCCCUUGUAUUUGGCAAAUCGGCAGGUACCAAAAAAGAAGCACAGCAUUGCAGUGAAGGCUCCCUUGAUCCAAAGCUUGUGCAUGGGAAAAUAGUUGUUUGUGAAAGAGGAAAAAAUGGAAGAACUGAAAUGGGAGAGGUAGUGAAAGUGGCUGGUGGGGCAGGAAUGAUAGUACUUAAUGCUGAAAAUCAAGGAGAAGAAAUUUAUGCUGAUCUUCAUAUUUUGCCAGCCACUUCUUUAGGGGCCUCAGAAGGUAAGACGAUUGAAACCUAUAUUCAAUCUGAUAAAAAACCAACAGCUUCAAUUUCCUUUAUGGGAACAAAGUUUGGUGACCCUGCACCAGUAAUGGGAGCAUUUUCUUCUAGAGGACCAAGUAUAGUGGGGCCAGAUGUGAUCAAGCCAGAUGUAACUGCACCUGGUGUGAACAUCUUGGCUGCUUGGCCACCUAAAACUAGCCCAAGUUUUAUCAUGAAUGACAAAAGAGAAGUACUAUUUAACAUACUUUGGGGUACCUCAAUGUCUUGUCCUCAUGUUAGUGGCAUAGCAGCACUGCUUAAGUCUUUGCACAAAGAUUGGUCACCUGCAGCUAUCAAAUCUGCUUUGAUGACUACUGCUUACACAUUGAACAACAAAGGAGCUCCAAUUUCAGACAUGGCCUCAGAUAAUAAAGCAUUUGCUACACCCUUUGCAUUUGGUUCAGGCCAUGUUAACCCUGUAAGUGCUUUUGAUCCAGGGUUGGUCUAUGAUAUCGGCACUGAAGACUACUUAAAUUAUUUAUGCAGCCUAAAUUAUACCUCUUCGCAGAUUGCUUUGUUAUCAAGAGGUAAGUUUGCAUGUUCUAAGAAAGCAGUUCUUCAAGCUGGUGACUUGAACUACCCUUCAUUUGCUGUUCUUUUCGACAGAAGUGCCUUAAAUGCUAAUGUGACAUACACGAGAGUUGUCACAAAUGUUGGAAAACCCCAAAGUGCUUAUGCAGUUAAGGUGAAACAGCCAGAUGGAGUAUCAGUUACUGUUGAACCAAGGGUAUUGAAGUUUGAAAAAGUGGGUCAGAAAUUGAGCUACAAGGUUACAUUUUUGGCAGUUGGAAAAGCAAGAGUUGCGGGUACCUCCUCGUUUGGGUCACUGAUUUGGGUAUCUGGCCGAUAUCAAGUUAGAAGUCCUAUAGCAUUAACCUGGAAAUAGUGAAAAUCUAGUGUUUGGGAGAAAAA